AGAAAAAAUAUAUUAAAUAUAUUAAUAAUACAUUGUUGUUAGUGAAAUCAGUUUCCAACGCCAUUCUUAUUCUUGGUUAGAUGUGUAAAAAUUUAAAAAAAAGUGAUAAACGAAAAAACUAAAAUAUACUUCCUCGUAUUUUAAGUGGAUAAAUCGAAAACGAUUGAGCAAUUUAACAGAACUAGAAAUACUUGCAGCAACCAUCACUUGACCAGGAUAUCAUUAGCUCUUAAGAGUCCGCGUGGCAUGCAACCGUGUAGUCCAUCGGGCGUUAUUGCAGUGAUGCCGCCAUCGAAGAGUCCCACCAUGGAAACGGCCGCCGGUCAACAAGCGAAUGUACAUGUCGGCAGCGACGAAAAUGCUUGCGAAAAGGAACAGCAACAGCGCGCCGCAACGCCUAUUAACACCACGCCCACCACAAAUACCAACACAACAGCUACGACCACGCAUUUAACCAAUGCACGCGCGUGUCCGCUGAAAUUUUCCAUUGCGAAAAUUAUGGAGCCCGAUCAACGCGCCAGCAGUGAAUGCAUUACCGCCGGUGAGGAUUCUGAACGUUCAUGCAGUCCAAUAGAUGUCGCCAGCGAUGAGUGCGAGUCAGAGCGCGCAGAGAUGCAUUUACCCUCCACGGCUUGUGGUCAACAACAAUGCACCAGCGCCAACGCUGACAACUAUGACUCUGCGUUCAAAAAAUAUGUGCCCUCCGCGAGCGCCAAUACCGCUGCUGCCGUCACCGCCGCCGCUGUGGCCGCCAACACUGUUACGAAUGUCGCUGCCGUGCAGCAAUUUGUCAAUACGCGCCAUCAGGAAUUAAUGUCACAAUAUCCGCUGCUCUAUUACGCACCCAACCAGUUGAUGUGCGCUGCCGCUGCUGCGCAAUAUGCUGCUCUAACCGCGGCGCAACAACAAACACUGCUCGCCAAUCCAGGCGCUGCUGCACAUUUGAGCAGUUUCACCGCUUCGCUAAAUAGUUUCCACACGCAAUCGUUGCGUCGCAACCUCAGCGCUUCGGGGCAUCAUUUGGCUGCUGCUGCGGCGGCGGCAGCUGCUGCACAAGUACAGGCGCAGCAUGCGCAUCACCAAGCGUUGGCGAGCGCACACCCACAACUGCAGCAAUCGCUGGAGAAGCAACAACAACAUCAACAGCAGCAGCAUCAUAAGAUAAGCGAUGGCGCCGCAUAUCAUGGCAUGAAACGCAAGCAUUCCACCAGCGCCGCCGUUGUUUCCGCCGCCACCGCUGCUGCUGCUCAGUCAGUUUCUACGCUUCACGCUGAGCAUAACUCAUCACGCGCGUCGUCGCCCGCAUCACGUCACCUACGUUCACCCUCACCUAAUUCUCUCGAUGACAGCCCCGGCUCUGCUUCGGGCAAGCAGAAGACUUUCUCCUGCUUGGAAUGCGGCAAAGUCUUUAAUGCGCACUACAAUCUUACGCGUCACAUGCCUGUGCACACCGGCGCACGCCCGUUCGUCUGUAAGGUAUGCGGUAAAGGUUUCCGUCAAGCAUCCACACUGUGCCGCCACAAAAUCAUUCACACCUCUGAGAAACCGCAUAAGUGUCAGACCUGCGGCAAGGCUUUCAAUCGCUCCUCCACACUGAACACUCACACGCGCAUACACGCCGGUUACAAGCCAUUCGUAUGUGAGUAUUGCGGCAAGGGUUUCCAUCAGAAGGGCAACUACAAGAAUCACAAGCUCACGCACAGCGGCGAGAAGGCAUACAAAUGUAACAUCUGCAAUAAAGCUUUUCAUCAAAUCUACAACCUCACCUUUCAUAUGCACACACACAACGAUAAGAAACCAUACACGUGUAAGGUGUGCGCUAAGGGCUUUUGUCGCAACUUCGAUCUAAAGAAGCAUAUGCGUAAGCUGCACGAGUUGGGCGGUAGUGAUCUGUUGGACGACGACUCACCGCCGAACUAUGAACGCCGACGCGAAUACACGCGCCGGGAGUAUACACGCCGCGACAGUCAUCACGGCUACCAUGCACAUCUCCAACACGGCAGCCAGCUAACACCCGACUCCUCCGCAGGCAGCUUAUCGCCACCAAUCAAUGUAACAACGCCGCCGCUCUCCAGUGGCGGUGGUGGUGAAAGCAGCAAUUCCGCUUGGCAUACACCACAAUAUCAGACUCUGGGCAGCGCUGCACAACACUCGCCGAGUGUCAAUGCAACAAACACUUCUGCAACCUACACGGCGCACCAUUUACUCACACCCACAAUGGGCAGUAGUUUCCGCGCAACCGCUGAGUAUUCAACCAGCUCCGCUUUCAUUCAACUAGCCAACGCCGCUUCAACAAGCGCAACCACAAGUGCCGCACAAAUGCUCAGCGCACAUCAACAGGCCACAGCGCAUAGUCUGCAACACAACCACCACGCACACAGUCACAGCCAAAGUCAUCAACCGCAUCAUCAACAUCAUCAUCAGCGGCUCUCGGCGGCAGCAGCCGUCUCCGCCAUGGAUCAGGUGCCCUUCAUUGCGAAGGUCUUUUGACAGCGUUACUAUGCAGAUAGUUUGGCUACGACGUCGACGCAGCACGCCGCCAGCACACUGAGCGCUUCCUCGACGAAGAGCAUACUCAUCGACUGACUGCAAUUCGUAGCGGCCGCUGCAGCUACGGCAAAUGCAGCGGGUGUUUCGCAUGCGAGAUUCACUGCAGCACCGAUUUGCUCGUCCACUCCCGAGCACGAUGAUGAGCCGCUGCUCGUUGACUCUGUCGAUGAAAUCGAAGAGGAAGAGUCGACACAGCUGCAUGCGUAUCCAGCUGGGGAGCAGCUGACGGAGCAGUUCGCGGUUCAUCGUACGGCGGUGGGCAGUGCUGUGGAGGUGCUAAAUGGUCUGCUGUGAAGCGUUGCUGCUGUGCGGCGUUGAUCCUGCUGUGUGCGUCUGCGUCUGCUGGUUUCAACAAAACGGUUUCAUCUUUGGGAAAGACGCUCCCCACAAUCGAAAAUAAUGAUCUCCGCUGUGCAAUAUGCAUAAAACCCCCCCGAAGCUAUGAAAAAAUCAAUUCCAAGAGUAUAUCUAAGCACGAGCACCUCACCACACCACAACAACAACUGGAGAUUUCUGCGAAAUCUUAUUAAUAUUUGUAGCGAAAAUUUAUUUAAAACAAGCUUGAGUUGUUCUUACGUCCCGCAUAAAUAUAAAAUAAAAUCCUUUAGGGGUAUUCACAGUGUGCUAACAAAAUUGUAUAUAUAUAUUUUUUUUUGUAAAUAUGAAUGUUGGAAUAUAAGAAAAUGCGUUCUUAAUAGCAUAAAUUAUAGUUAGUAGUUUCUUUGUAUAUAUGUAUGUGCCAUAAUAUUAGGUAUAAGUAAAUUAAAUGUGAAAUCACUACACCUGCGUAUACACACACACACACAAACACAACUUAGAAGUCAUUUUGCGCCCAAGUACAGUUCAAUUUUCGAGUGUAGUAGUGUUAGUAAAAUUGUAAUCGAAUAAACAUACCGAAAAAAAUAUAAAUAAAAUGGAAAC